GUUUCUUCUAUUGUCGAGUUUUUCUCUGCUUUCUGCGUGCUAUGACUGAUUUAUUUAAGACAUCUUUUAGAAUAACCAGUUAGAUGACAAGCUCUUUUCCUUUCAGUAUCUCAUCCGCUCAUAAUUUAUGCAUAUUUUCUCCAAGAUUUAAUCGGCGUUGUAUUCAGGCUAUGUAUCAUUUUUGUUUUUAUUUUCUAUUCUUUAGAGUCUAUUCAAGCUUCAUAAUUUUCAAGGAUCAUCAAUUUCUUCUUUGGUAUAUGUAAGGAAGCUAACAGUUGUGCGAUGAAUCAUUAUGUUCCUCACUGGAAUUUGGAAGAUGACUCCACAUCUUUUAGAGUUCUUCCUGCAACAAAUCAGAAAAAAACUAUCUGGUCAAGAUCUGCUCCCUUUCCUUCCAUUUCUUCUACAAUUUCUAGGCUGGACGAUGAGCUUGUAGAGCUUGUGUGGCAAGAUGGGCGUGUAAUCACACACAGUCAGACUCAUCGGAAAUCCCCUCCCGCCAUCGGUGAAUUUAAACAAGCUCAGAAAGCUGAGCCAGCACCAAAGUGCCGGGGGCCUCUCGGAAUUUGGAGCAAUCUGAGUCAAGAAGAUGAAACUGCAUCAUGGUUCCAAUACUCUCUUGAUGAUUCGCUAGAAAAAGAGUUCUGCCCAGAAUUCUUCUGUGGAAUGCCAAAUGUAGAUGCCAUUGGUACCGGUAAGAUGACUAAAGAUGUCGCUGCAGAGGGAGAGAGGCCCACAAAAUUUGGUGCAAUCGAGGAAACAAAUGUGUUUGCUGGGUCUGAUCCUGAGCAAUCCAGUAUUCGUUUCAAGGAAAACACAAUGCCACCUCCUAAAACAAACGUUAUUGCUUCUACCCAGCAGGCUCCUUGUUUGCCAAGUAGCAAUCUCGUAAAUUUUCCGCACUUCUCAAGGCCAGGGCCAGUGAUGGCUGAUGUGGGAUCAUUGAAUGGGCAGCUGGGGAAGGAAUCAGGGAAGAGGAUUCGGUUAGGGGCAGGAGAGUCCACCUCGAUGAUGACAAUCGCAUCAAGUAUCUGCGGUAGCAACCAGAUUCAAGCUCAGCCUGAUCCCAGCCACACCAUGAGCAGUGAUACUGCAGGAGUUGCUGCAAUAGGCCUGAAGGAGGAUGCCCAGAUGACAUCACCAUCGGAGAGAACGCGAACAAACACGUAUGAUGUUACUGUUACUUCAUCAUCAGGUGGGUCUGGUUGUAGUUUUGGAAGAGCAGGACGGCAGAGUGCCAUCAAUCAGAGCCACAAAAGAAAGGGAAGAGAUGCAGAGGAAUCCGAAUGCCAGAGCGAGGAGGCUGACUAUGAGUAUGUGGAGGCAAACAAGCUAGCUCAACGGUCUCCAUUUACACGAAGAAGCCGUUCUGCUGAAGUCCAUAAUCUCUCGGAGAGGAGAAGAAGGGACAGAAUAAAUGAAAAGAUGAAGGCAUUGCAAGAGCUCAUACCUCAUUGCAACAAGACUGACAAAGCAUCGAUGCUAGAUGAGGCAAUUGAGUACUUGAAGUCCCUUCAACUGCAAGUUCAGAUAAUGUGGAUGGGAAGUGGCAUGGCACCGAUGAUGUUUCCUGCUGUCCAACAAUACAUGUCGCGCAUGGGUAUGGGAAUGGGUCAUGCUUCCAUGCCCUCUAUACAUGGUCCAGUCCAAUUACCAAGAGUCCCAUUCAUCAAUCAGUCUAUAGCCUCGACUUCGACGGCACACCAGAUGCCACUGUGCCUCUCUCCAGCCUUGAAUGCAUUGAACUUUCCUAAUCAGAUGCAGAAUGUCCAUCUUCCUGGAUCAUAUGCCCCGUACCUUGGCUUCCAUCACAUGAGAGCACCCUCUCAGGAAAUGGAUUUCUAUACAUACGGAUCUCGCAUGGUGCAGCAGAAUCAGACAGCAGCAGCGCCGAACAGCAGCAUCCUUCCUACUGCUGGAGAAGUUCCUGCUGAGAAUAAUCAAAACAACAAAUCUGAGGAAAAUCUGGUCAGACCGUGUGAUGUGGAUUGCCACCUUGUUGUCUCCUCCCCUGAUGUUGGCCUGAUGGAUACUCUAAUUACUUUGUAGAAGCCAUCAUUUACUAGUAAGUGUUGAGGGAUACUAAGAUCUGAUCAUUUUGCGUUGAGCUCAAAACUCAAGCUAAUGAUAUUGUGAUUGUUUCUAUCUCAUGUGAACUUGUAGUGUUUUUUGGUUCAUACAAAGAUAUAGUUUCACUGAUUUCCGAAA